AUAUUUUCAUUUUGAAACCAGAAAUUCCGAGUUCUUAGUCAGCAAUGAAAGAGAGCUUUCAGAAUAAGAGAAACUUUCUUUUUCUUCAGUUCUAUCGCUUCUCUCUCCUUUGUGUCAUUGUAACCGAGAAAGAAACAUAGGAAAAAGAAAAGCAAGGAAAGAAAAUGCAACAGCACCUCAUGCAGCCCAUGGUAACAGCUUAUUAUCCCAAUAAUGUCACUACUGAUCAUAUUCAACAGUAUCUCGACGAAAACAAGUCGUUGAUCUUAAAGAUUGUUGAGAGCCAGAAUUCUGGGAGAUUGAGUGAAUGUGCUGAGAACCAGUCAAGGCUGCAACAAAACCUCAUGUACUUGGCUGCAAUUGCGGAUGCUCAACCACAACCGCCCGCGGUGCACGCUCAGUUUCCUUCCAAUGGUAUUAUGCUGGCAGGAGGUGGACACUACAUUCCGCACCAACAACCUCAACCGCAAUCGCUUAUGGCCUCACGGGCCUCCAUGUUGUAUGCUCAGCAACCAUUUUCGGCCCUGCAACAGCAACAAGCCAUGCACGGUCAGGUAGGCAUGAGCUCCAGCGGAAACACUGGCUUUAACAUACUGCAAAGUGAAGCUAGAUCCGCAGGUCGCGGUGGAGCAUUCGGUGCCAGAGGGUUUCCGGAUUUUGCAUGUGUCUCUUCUGUAGAAGGCAUUCACGGUGGUGGCAAGGCAAUGGAAGGUGGAUGCAAGCAAGAUAUUGGAAGUGCCGUCGGAUCACCUGAAGGUCGUGGAGGGAGCUCUGGUGGUCAGUGUGAUGACGAGAAUUGAGAGUUUCUUAAUGGUGAUCGAAAGAAAGACGAAAAUCACACAUUAUUUUGCUUAAGGAUUCCUGACGCAAAACAACAACUUUAAGACAUGUCCUUGGAGCUUUUAGCUGUGUUUUCUAGUAUGAGACAGUGCAACUUGGGGUAAUAUAAGAUGUAAAUUUGUGGAGUUUUCAUGCUUGUUUAUUAGGGUUAAUUACUUUUUAAAUGUGUGAUGAA